GAAGGAAGUAAAGAGAGGAAAGACACAGAAGACAACAAUUUGAAAAAAGGCAGUGGGCGCGAUUUCAUUAUUUUCAGUGUAGUCGAAGAAAUGAGUUCCAAAGAGAGUUGCAGAAGCGAACUUGCGCACGCGAUUCGCCAACUAAGCGAUAGAUCGCUCUACUCUGCUUCUAAAUGGGCAGCAGAACAGUUGGUGGGUAUUGAGCACGACCCUGUAAAGUUCACUCCUUCGAACACCAGAUUUCAGCGUGGGAGUUCAAGCAUUCGCAGGAAGUACAAGACUCAUGAUGUCACUGUGACUCCAAUAGCGGGUGUUUCGUAUGUUGCCACACCUGUGAUGGAGGAAGAUGAACUUGUUGAUGAUGAUUUUUACCUUCAGGCAAAGGCUUAUUUUGAUUGCCGUGAGUAUAAGCGAGCCGCUCAUGUUCUUCGUGAUCAAAAUGGAAGAAAGGCGGUAUUCUUGCGCUGUUAUGCUCUCUAUCUGGCUGGAGAAAAGCGAAAAGAGGAAGAAAUGAUAGAACUUGAGGGGCCUCUGGGUAAGAGCGAUGCUAUCAAUCGUGAAUUAGUAUCUUUGGAGAGAGAAUUGUCAACACUACGCAAUAAUGGUAAAAUUGAUCCUUUUGGUUUGUACUUAUAUGGUCUUGUGCUCAAACAGAAAGGCAGUGAGAACCUUUCACGUACAGUUCUCGUGGAAUCUGUUAAUAGCUACCCUUGGAACUGGAAUGUCUGGACUGAGCUGCAAUCCUUAUGCAAAACAGUUGAUAUAUUGAAUAGUCUUAAUCUCAAUAGCCAUUGGAUGAAGGAUUUUUUCCUUGCCAGUGUUUACCAAGAAUUAAGGAUGCACAAUGACUCUCUGUCAAAAUAUGAAUACCUACUGGGAACCUUUGGUAAUAGUAAUUAUAUACAGGCACAAAUUGCAAAAGCCCAGUACAGUUUGAGAGAAUUUGAUCAAGUUGAAGCAAUAUUCGAAGAACUGCUUAGUAAUGAUCCAUACAGAGUAGAAGAUAUGGACAUGUACUCCAACGUGCUGUAUGCUAAGGAAUGUUUUUCUGCUUUGAGUUAUCUUGCGCAUAGAGUAUUCUUGACUGAUAAAUACAGACCUGAAUCUUGUUGUAUUAUUGGAAAUUAUUACAGUUUAAAAGGGCAGCAUGAAAAGGCAGUUGUGUAUUUUAGGAGAGCUCUUAAAUUGAACAAAAAUUUCUUAUCUGCUUGGACACUUAUGGGACAUGAGUUUGUUGAGAUGAAAAACACUCCUGCUGCUGUGGAUGCCUAUCGUCGGGCAGUAGACAUUGACCCACGUGAUUAUCGUGCUUGGUAUGGACUAGGACAGGCUUAUGAGAUGAUGGGAAUGCCUCUCUAUGCGCUUCAUUACUUCAAAAAAUCCGUAUUCUUGCAGCCAAAUGAUUCUCGACUGUGGAUUGCUAUGGCACAGUGCUAUGAAACUGAUCAACUUCGCAUGCUUGAUGAAGCAGUAAAGUGUUACAGAAGAGCAGCAAAUUGUAAUGACAGGGAAGCAAUUGCACUGCACAACUUGGCAAGACUUCUUUCGGAGAUGGGGCGCCCUGAAGAGGCUGCAUUUUACUACAAAAAGGACUUAGAGAGGAUGGAAUCUGAAGAGAGGGAAGGGCCUAAAAUGGUUGAGGCUUUGCUCUAUCUUGCAAAAUAUUACAGAGCACAGAAAAAGUUUGAAGAAGCUGAGGUAUACUGUACACGACUUCUGGAUUAUACUGGCCCGGAGAGAGAAACAGCAAAGAGUAUACUUAGAGGAAUGCGAACAGUACAGUCUGGUUUCCCUUCCAUGGAUGUUGAGCAUUUUCCUCCUAAUCCCUUUUGACCAGCCACUGAUGUUUCUCUGCUGUUAUGAGUUUUUGUAUAGACGAAAUCAAACCCAACGGAAAACAAGGAAAUUAGAAUUCAAUCUUAAUUCCCGUCUUCUA